GAACUUUAAAAUACACCAUAAACACGACUGACCCCUUUAGUCUUACUGGCACAGGCCAGAGUAAACAAACCGAUUUUGUUGUUCUUAAAGGGCAUUUAAAUUCAAAGCUUGUGGCAGACAGAUGACAUUUAGAGUGAAUUUGACAGGUCCACCGCCAUGGGGGUUUCGUAUCUGUGGAGGAAGAGACUUCAAGAGGACUCUGACUGUCUCGAAGGUUCAUGAAGGCAGCAGGGCAGGCGACGCUGGACUGCAGGCGGGGGACGCUAUAUUGGAGAUUAAUGGUCAGGAUGCUGGAGCAAUGUUGAAUGUGGAGGCUCAGAACAAAAUCAAGAUAAAUGAACAUCAGCUUUGCCUUCUUAUUGAAAGACCUACACAAACAGCUGUCAUGCAGCGCUGCGAUCACCCUGACCCAAGACUCCCUGUUAAUUCGGAGCCAUCAGUCAGGCCAAAGCAGACCCAUGAGUCAGUACAGGGCCAGUCCAAGAGUUCUCAAAGCUUCAGAGCCCCACUGGAGAGAAACUGCAGUCCAAACCAGCUGAAACAACAUGAUCAGAAGGAUUCUACAACAUCAGGACACAACUUUGCAUCUGAUUGGAUUCCAACAUGUAAAUCACAGACCACCAAGAAAAGGGUAAGCUUUAAUUAUCCAGUAUGGAGCUACGGUCCUGUUGACCCUGAAGAGCUCAUGAGAAUCAAGAGUAUGCAAGUUCAACCUCAGCGGCCCAGACAGUCCAACACUUUCAGAAUACUACAGGAGGGACUAGAACGAACAUCACAGCCAUUUGGAGCGAUCCAGCACAAUCAAAGGUUCCGCACUUGUGAGAGAUGUGGCUACGUCAUUGUAACUCAGGCGGUGAGGGUCAGAGAAGGACGCUACAGGCACGUCGAGUGUUAUACCUGCAGGGACUGUGAUCUCAGUCUCAUGGAGCGAGGACACUUCUGUGUGGAUAAGGAGCUGUACUGUGGGAAACAUUUUCGGCAGAGAUGCCACCACUUAAAACACUGGUGAAGAGUACUUUGAUUCAAUCAAUGCCAUGUGCCACUUUUAGUAUGUUCACUUAAGUAGUAUUAUUUUAGUAUCAUUGAGAUGCUAUUAUAGUUUUUAUUAAUAAUUUUAGUCAGUUUUUAUUUUUAUAUUUUCAAUUUUUCAUUUUAAUUUUAGUUACAGUUUUUUGAAAGUUUUCAUAUUUAUUUUUUCUGUUUUCAUUUUAAUUUUAGUAAUUUUCGUGUCAUUUUUAGACGUUUUUAAAUGUAUAUAUAAUUUGUAUUCAUUUUUAUUAGUUUUCAUUUUGAUUUUAGUUAAAGUUUGUGUUUAUUGUUUAUUUUUUUAUUUGAGAUUUAAAUAUCUCUAAAUAGAAUUUAUUUAUUUUUAUUUUAGUUUCAGUUUGACUUUUUAGUACAUAAAGUUAAACUAAAUUAAAAUUAGAAAUGUUGCCUUGACAACUAGCUGAAAUAAAAGUUUAUUUUAUUUAUUUAUUUUUACAAUUUUAAUAUAAUUUUACUUAUAAUUUUCUUUAUUUAAUUAAUAUUUUUAAUUAUUAUUUUUAUGUAUUUUAUUUCAAAUAAUGAUUUUUUUAUGGUUUUAGUUUCAGUUUUAGUUAGUUAUAACCCUGGUUUUUAUCAAGUUUAUUUCAAAGAAUAUGUUUUUAAUGAUGCUCAUGAAAAUACAGUUGCUAAAGAUCACCAAAAAUGAAAAUUCUCCUACAAUUCUACUCGACACAACAAUGAAAGUGGAUGCUGACCAGCGUUAUCAAGCUCCAAAAAAAACAACACACAAUAAAAGCAUCAUAAAUGUCCUGAAAUCUUCAGCCAUACAGUAGCUUUGUGUGAGGAACACAAUGAAAAGUUGUAUUCAUUAAAAAUCCUGCCAUCUGA